CUUCCUGCUAGAUGCUGCACUCUUCCGGUAAACUUGCUGUGAGUGUGUGUUGACAGUUAGCACGUGAGGAAACUUAGCCGGAAUUUCGCUAAACUCGGGAUUAAUUCGUUAUAAUUCCGCCUCAGGAAAAAAUGUCCUAACUACGGCGCUUUAAGCCCACCGGGAGCUGCGGCAAUACACCGCGGGGUUUAGGAGCUGCGGGGCCGGGUAGCGAGCGGAGCUAGCCGGUUAGCUACUGUAACUUCAGCCAUGAAGAGCUAAACCAGCUUCAGCUAUACUCUUUAUAACACACACACACACACACACACUAUAUUAGUCUGUUAUGCUUUUACUGGUUCUGAGUAACGCCUGCACCAUGGACACCGAGGCUAUAGUGAUUCGGAUAAAGACGCCGGUAGGAGACAUGGACUCUUCAGUGGACUGCCCCUCACUGCUCAGCUUCAACGACCUGCUGGUCGCAAUCAGAGAUGUCAUGCCAGAGGCGACCAUUACAGCAUUUGAAUAUGAAGAUGAAGUUGGUGAUAGAAUUACAGUCCGAAGUGAUGAAGAACUCAAAGCCAUGCUGUCUUAUUACUGUAACACGGUCAUGGAGCAGCGCAUGAAUGGACUCCUGCCAGAGCCGCUGCAGAUCUUUCCACGAGCCGGCAAGACUCCCGGGAUCCGGAACAUCCACGGCCUGAAGGUGAACACCCGGCCCGUGUCGUCCAGCAGCCGUGGACCUUCUGACCCUCUGCCUAACAACAGUUUAAAGAAGUCCUCGGCGGAGCUGAAGAAAAUAUUGACCAAUGGCCAGAUAAACGAACAAGACAUCCAGUACCAGGAGCAGCUCGGCCAUGGAAACGGAGGAACCGUGUACAAAGCGUAUCAUCUCCUGGGGAAGAGGAUUCUGGCAGUAAAGGUCAUUCCUCUUGACAUCACGGCGGAGCUGCAGAAACAGAUCAUGUCUGAGCUGGAGAUUCUUUACAAGUGUGACUCUCCGUACAUCAUAACUUUCUACAGCGCUUUCUUCGUGGAGAACAGAAUAUCAAUAUGCACUGAGUUUAUGGAUGGUGGAUCCCUGGAUGUUUAUAGGAGGAUUCCGGAACAUGUUUUAGGUCGGAUCGCUGUGGCAGUGGUGAAAGGACUGACGUAUUUGUGGAGCCUGAAGAUUUUGCACAGAGAUGUGAAGCCCUCCAACAUGCUGGUGAACACCCGAGGCCAGGUCAAACUCUGUGACUUUGGAGUCAGCACUCAACUGGUGAACUCCAUCGCCAAAACCUACGUUGGAACCAACGCAUAUAUGGCGCCGGAGCGGAUAUCUGGGGAGCAGUACGGUAUUCACUCAGAUGUAUGGAGUGUUGGAAUCUCUUUUAUGGAGCUGGCUCUUGGUCAUUUCCCCUAUCCCCAGAUUCAGAAGAACCAGGGCUCUUUAAUGCCUCUCCAGUUAUUGCAGUGCAUCGUUGAUGAGACUUCUGUUCAGGGACUCAGUUUGUUUGAAUUGGAAUCGCGGUUGUACGUCGUUCUGCAUUGUACUGCGUCCAACAAAAGGGGGGUUCAGGACCCUCCUGUGUUUCCAGUUGGUCAAUUCAGUGAUAAAUUUGUCAACUUCAUAACACAGUGUAUGAGAAAACAGCCGAAAGAACGUCCUGCACCCAAUAACCUCAUGGACCAUCACUUCAUCAUGCAGUAUGACGACGGCAACACGGAGGUAGUAUCCAUGUGGGUUUGCCGAAGCUUGGAGGACCGCAAAUCCCAGCAAGCUCAGGGGCUCAUGUGAGGGAUCGUGGGAAAUGGAGUCCAGUCUCUCACUGAGUCUUUAGGGGGGUGUAUUGCCUAAGCUAUAACUUGAAGGAGAAAACUCAACUCUACGCACACAGAGCUCACUAACAGACUGUAGAGAACACUGACUCCAAUAUCCAACAGUCUGUAGCUUCAAAUGUUUCAUAUAUAUAUAUUCGUAUUAUUCCACUUACAGUGAGAACAGCUCAGAACAGCCUGAGCUUUCCACUGUUUAGUCCUGAAACAGUUGUGAUUGGUCACUUUUACAGAAGACGUUUUGACGAGCUUGGACACUCGGACACUCUCCUACAGCAUAUCAGCCUCAGUUUCUUCUGCCUGACGACGUUCUGAAGAUGUUUCUCAAACUAAAUUAACCCUGAUGGACUGACUGCAUUGGCUGAGCACUAACCUGAGCACAUAAAGCACUGGUGUGUUUUCUUCUAGAAAAGGUUAGCAUGAAGCUAAUGCUAACACAUAGCACAUUUUCCUUUUAAUAGGUUAUUUUGACUUGAUGUUAAUACAGGACAUGCACUUAUAAACAGAAAUCAAUCAACACUGUAUCACUGUCAUUUUAAUUUUAACAAUUUUAAGGCACAAAAACUGAAAUUUGAUACUUAUAAAGGUUUUGAUCUUUGCUCAGAAAAAAAAACGAAUUAGACAUUUUGUAUAAAUGAUUUAUAUUCAUUGUGCAUUAUGCAUUAUUCAGUUUCACAUAUGCAAGUGCAGAAUUUGGGGUUUGAUAUGUGGAAAAGACUAAUAAUUUGGUGUAUUAGUUGCUACAAUUUCCAAUAAUCACUUUGUUUUAGAGCUGGUAAAAAAAAUGUAAAACUAUAUAUAUAUAUAUAUAUAUAUAUAUAUAUAUAUAUAUAUAUCACUAAGACAUUUUGAUGCAACACAAUAUUUAGCACAAUAUUCAGCAGUGGCAGAUUUCUUAAAAGUGUAUCAUGCAUAGGGCUGGGUAUCGUUUUUAAAUCUUUGAUACCCUUACCCCAACCAAUAAAUAUUUUUUUUUUCAAUACCUUUUUCUAAAUUGCAACCAAAAAUGCUAAAAAAAAAAAAAAAAGCGACAAUUAUUCUCACACAACAGAUUUAUUUAACAACCAACAACCAACAUGAAUAAUAUCAUUCUCGUAUUGUCACCAAGAGAGAGUACCAUACUUUUUGGAUCUUGUUGGAACAAAUAAAUAAUAACCAUAAUUGUGGCACUUUAUUAAGAAAAAAUCAACAAGUAUAAAUAUUUUUCCUGAAGCAUAUUACUGGAUGCAUUUCAGUGUUUAAGAGUUUGUUUUAAGGAGUAUCAGCAUUACAUUGCCAAAAUUAAAUUGUGUUUGUAUUAGUGGUGUCAAGCAUUGAAUACAAUCAAUGAAUAAAAAGUCAUAAACGAGAGAGCGACAGCACGAGUGCCUGAGAGAUUUCAGCACAGUGGCAGUGUGUGGACAAUUUGAUUGAUCUGCACUGAUAUCCUCAAUCUCUUCUUCGUUACCACCCCUUUAUGCAGAUAUUAUUAGUUUGUAAUUGCCAGCAUGUCAUAGUUAAAUUAGUUUUUUGGGUUUUUGGUUGCUGAUUCAUUCUAUAUUAGAUGUCUGCUAAGAAGUUUUUUUUUAUUGUUAUUAUAAAUAAUAAACUACAAAUUUUGAGCAUGCAUUUUUUUUUACAUCUUGACAGUAAUUUAGGUCCAAAUAUGAUACUUGAUCAAAAAUUUGUAUAUGAUUAAUACAGCCAUGUGCUGCCACACAUAUGAUUACACAUUUAUCAUGUAUAGAUUUAGCUAAUAAUUGUGUUUAACAUGAUAUGGUUGUAACAAAGUGGUUAUUGCAUAUUGUAUCACAGCUAUUAUUAAUGAUUUUCACAUAACAGACCACAAAUGCAGUAAUAUGCACUAAUCUCGUACGCAUAUGCACUAAUUAAUUCUUCACUGCAUGGUUUCCAUAUGCUCCUCCCACAGUCCAAAAACAUGGAGAUAAGGUCAAGUGUGUGUGUGUGUGUGUGUGUGUGUGUUCAGAUAUGGAUUGGCUCUCUCCUGUGUAAAAGUUUCAGUGCCUAGGAUAGCCCUCCAGGUGGACGGUGGUUUCCGGUUAAGAGUACGCUGUAUAUGAUUGGCUGCUUCUUCUCACCGGUGUGUGUAGAUAAGUCCUAAGUAUAAAUGGUUUUGAGUAAAACCGUGAUUGUAAUGCUUUCCUGGGUCUCUACAAAGUAUCUAUAUAUAAUUGUAGCUUCAUUCAUUUAUUCAUUUAUUACUGAGCAAAGAACAAGACCUUCAUAUAAAGACACAAAAUCUUAAAACAAAGUAUUAUGAAAAUCACUAGCGCAGAGCAUCUCUGUACACAAUGGAUAUACAUUUAGCUGCUAAUGCUAAUGUAUAAAUCCUGGUUACCUGGACAUUAAAAUACAAUUCUAAAUGACUUAUUCAUCCAGAUCAUUUCCUUAUCGUUCUUUUCAGCUUGUAUCAAGAAGUAAUAAAGCCUUAAUUUUAAGUAAAUGUUGGAGUAUCGUUGAGGGUGUGGAUACCAAAGCCAGUAUAAAUAUAUAUAUAUAUUGAAUAUAUAAGUUCAACUCAUAUUUAACUCAGCUGACCCCACUAAUCUCUUAGGAAUCCAUAUGGCAAAUCAACAUCAGCCUCCCUCAGUCCUACACCAUGUAAUCGCUCCACAGCGGGGAGUAAAUCAUUUCUACUCACUGUUCUAUUAACCACUGACAGCUGCUGAAUAACAUGCCUCCUCAUAUUUUACAUCUGAAUCAACCCACAACAUCUGCCUGCCACUAUAAUACUGAACGAGAUAAUGCGGUAAGAUAUUAAUAUUUUGAUAACGCCAUAAACACAUAUUAAGUGUUUUUUUAAGUGUAUUUUAUCCUUUCUAAAGGGGCACUGGGUAAGAGUUACAGCUCUGGAAAAAAAGAAUAAGAGACUGCUUGAAUUUUAAAGGCAUAAAGUUAUCCAAAAGCAGUGUGCAAGACUGGUGGAGGAGAACAUGAGGCCAAGAUGCAUAAAACUGUGAUUAAGAACCAGGGUUAUUCCACCAAAUAUUGAUAAAAACUUUAUGAAUAUGAACUUGUUUUCUUUGCAUUAUUUGAGAUCUUUUUUGUUAUUUCAGCCAUUUCUCAUUUUCUGCAAAUACAUGCUUUAAAUUACAUUUGGAAUUUGGGAGAAAUGUUGUCUGUAGUUUAUAGAAUUAAACCCCAGUGUUCAUUUUACUCAAACAUACCUAUUAACACACUGCUUUUGAAUAACUUUGCCAGCUGAAUUUAAGCAGUUUAGCUUGGUGGUUUGAUGGCUUGUGAUCAUCCAUCUUCCUCUUGAUUAUAUUCCAGAGGUAAAUUUGGUAAAAUCAAAGAAAUUCACAAUUUUUAAAUGCUCUCUUACUUUUUUCCAGAGCUGUAUGUGCUUUACUAGAGGGGAAAACUCUACAGAAGUGUUGGUAUAAAUACAUUACAUUAUUCAAUGCUUAUGAAUGUGUUAUGAUGCCCCUAUGUACAGUAAGGAGCCUUUAAAUAAAGUGUAACCAGUUUUGUUUUAUUAUUAUUAUUAUUUUUUUUUUUUUUUUUUUUUUUCAUACUGUCCCUAAGUUUUAUUUUUUAAGGUUUUCAAUCAGAUGGCUGUCUCUGGUUGCCUUCUAAACUCCAAUCACGUAACACACAACUCUACUGAAGUUUUUACACCUUAUAUUAUAGUUAUGUAUUUUUCUUCACUAUGUAAAUGAAGACUAUUGAAAUCUC